AUGGAGCACCCAUCCAAGCCUCCACGUCGACCUCGACAUGCUGCCAUGAGAGACGACCAGGAACGUGAUGACCAAGGAGAACGGGCUCGAGCCGAGCGAGGAGUGAAGCCCUCACAAAGAUCAAGAUCUCCCCGUGAAGCCCGUGAAUCUCGCCACGGUUCAGACGCCCGCCGCGAUCGCCCUUCAACGAGACCUGAGCCUGGCUCCUCCCGUCGCCGCCGCCAUUCACGCGAUCGCAGUCGUGAUCGCGGUUCUCGCCCAUCUCCCGAGCCCUCUCGCCGGGCCCCCGACGUCGAAGAUCUCAUCCCUCGUUACCGAGCCGAGAGGGAGCGCCACCGCGAGUCCGAGGACAAGUCACGUCGCCGGAGCCGCAGUCGGAGUCGUGAGCGAACCAGCCGCAAUUCUCCAUCAGCAGCCAAACGCCAUCGAAGCCGAAGUCCAUCUCUGACAAGCUCAAGCCGAAAGAGAUCGAGGAGGGACAGAAGUCCACGGGCCAGGACAAGGGACUAUAGCCCCGAGUCCACCUCGAGGAAAUACGCCCGGCAUCCCUCGCGUGAGCGACGGAAACCAUCACCCCGUCGCCACGGACGGUCUCCGAAAUCACCAACGCGGACGGCAGACAGGCGUCGAUCACGCACUCGAUCUCCAACCAGGUCCGAGGCUGGCUCCAGGCGCGCGGACCGUGAACCUUGGGCUCGAGCAGACAAACCCCAACAACGAUCACACAGUCGCUCCCCCGCACCUGAAACCCGGCCUUCUUCAUCUCGUCGCGCCCGUCUAUCGCCUCGCGACGACCACCGUGCUUCAGAUUCUGAUCGUCAGUCAUCCAAGAGGCAGACACAUCCACGGUCGCCUCAGGCGAGCCGAGAGCGCAGGUCUCGAGAAACGUCUCCCGGCAGACUUCAUUCUUCAAGGUCGGAUAUUAACGAAGACAUGACAUCUCGAGGUAACCAUAGGGGAGGGGGCUACAAUCCCAUGUACCCUCAGAAGUCGCAAUAUGGCAAUGACCCCUAUUCACAAUCUCCCCAACAAGGAGGAUCCUACCACAAUUCGCCAUCGCAGUCGCCAUAUGGAGCAUCUCGUGGCGGAUGGAACGGCUCACAACAAUAUCCUCCUCAAUACGCCCAUAGCACCAACUAUGGUCCGCCCAAUGGCCCCUCAAGUCAUUACCACGCAAAUCCAUCUCACUCACCCCCAUAUGCCGCUCCAACCGGUCCCAUGCAGCAGUAUCCUCAGGGAAAUUACCGUGGUGGCUACCGAGGAGGUGGCUUCCGGGGUGGCUCCUUCUCCAGUCGAGGCCGAGGUGGCUUCAAAAACUCGCCUUGGAGUCAAGGUCCUCCUCCACGAGGACACCACGACGAGCCAGGAAACGGUCGGUUCGGAAACUCUCAAACCGAUGUUGACGAUGCAAAUCAUGACAUGAUGGACACCGAAACUGAGCCUCUUCAAUCAUCCAAUGAUGCCCAGGCCGUGGGCGAAGGCAGAGAUGGAGCGGAAGGAGAUGCCGCCACGACUCCAAAUCGACCACCGCCAUCAGGUCCAGGCUCGCAAUCAGCCUCGUCUGGCGGCAAGUUUAGCUUUGCGUUCAAGCCCUCGUCGAAGCCUGCCGUCACAGCACCGAAGCCCGAGAUCUCGCAGAAGCUAAAUGCUGCCCCGCGAAGAGAGCCUCCAAAGGACAACCGAGAUCGAGAACCUCCCCGAAGCGCUCCCACCGAACCAGCAUCGUCUCGCUCAAGACAUGAUCACCGUCAGCCCCCAGAAGGACCCAGGGUGGCACCAAGGAUGCGCAAGGUCAAGAAGAUCAUGAAGCGGCCGAAGCCAAGACCGACUCUCCCGGCCGACCUAGCGGACUCAGAUUCAGUCUUCUUCAGGAAGCCUGGAAACGAGUCUGUUGUCGGAUCUGGCACCUACGGCAAGGUGUUCAAGGGCCUCAACGUCUAUACGAAAAACCUUGUUGCCCUCAAACGCAUCCGCAUGGAGGGUGAGCGCGAUGGUUUUCCUGUCACAGCCGUUCGAGAAAUCAAGCUUCUACAGUCGCUCAGGCAUGUCAAUAUUGUCGCCCUUCAAGAGGUCAUGGUGGAGAAGAACGAUUGUUUCAUGGUUUUUGAAUAUCUGUCGCAUGAUCUCACAGGUCUCCUGAACCACCCCUCGUUCAAGCUGGAUGCAGCUCAGAAGAAGCAUCUCGCCAAACAGAUGUUUGAGGGCUUGGAUUACCUCCACACCAGAGGAGUUCUGCACCGAGACAUCAAAGCAGCCAACAUCUUGGUGAGCAAUGAAGGCAUUCUUAAGCUUGCCGAUUUUGGUCUUGCCCGUUUCUAUGCCAAGCGUCAUCAGCUGGACUACACGAAUCGUGUCAUUACUAUUUGGUAUCGAUCACCAGAAUUAUUACUUGGAGAAACAAAGUACACAGCCGCUGUCGAUGUUUGGAGCGCGGCAUGUGUCAUGGUGGAGAUAUUUGCUCGACACGCCAUCUUUACUGGAGACGGAACCGAGCUCAGCCAGUUGGAGAAGAUAUACAAUAUCUUGGGUACGCCGACUCUUCAGGACUGGCCCAACCUCGUCGACAUGGCUUGGUUUGAACUCUUGCGCCCAACAGCGAAGCGGAAGAAUGUCUUUGGCGAUAAGUACCGGGACAAGGUGACGCCGGCUGCGUUCGAGCUACUCUCGGCCAUGUUCCAAUACGAUCCUGCCAAACGCCCCAGUGCUUCCGAAGUGCUUCAGCAUCCUUACUUCACCAAAGAAGAACCACAACCACGACAGGCUAUUGAGCUCUCCAAUAUUGAAGGGGAUUGGCACGAGUUUGAGUCCAAGGCUCUUCGCAAAGAAAACGAACGCCGAGAUCGAGAGGCCCGGAAAGCCGCCAAAGACAGCGCAAACCGGGAGAAAGAAAAGGACAAGAAGCGUACCAACGAGGGCAACGAUCAACGGGAAGCGAAGCGCCUCCAGGUGGAUAAGAAUGGCGGAAACAAGCCGCCUCACCCAGCAGCCACCAGCAAGGCAUAG